AUGCACGGAUUAGUGGUUCUUUUAGUUUGCCUGGCUGUGGGUUCCGCCUGUGCCGGCACAGUCGGGGUCUCCAAUGGUGAUCCCUUUGAGCGCGAAGGUCGAAUUGUGGGCGGCGAGGAUACAACAAUCGGAGCGCAUCCCUACCAGGUCUCCCUGCAGACCAAGAGUGGCUCCCACUUCUGUGGUGGUAGUUUGAUCAACGAAGACACUGUGGUCACUGCGGCCCACUGUCUGGUGGGAAGGAAGAUCUCCAAGGUGUUCGUGCGCCUCGGUUCCACGCUCUACAAUGAGGGUGGAAUAGUGGUCGCUGUGCGGGCGUUGGCCUACAAUGAGGACUAUAACUCUAAGACCAUGGAGAACGACGUGGGCAUACUGAAGCUGGACGAGAAGGUGAAGGAAACCGAAGACAUUCGUUACAUCGAACUGGCCACGGAAACGCCACCCACUGGCACCACCGCUGUGGUCACGGGCUGGGGCUCCAAGUGCUACUUCUGGUGCAUGACCCUGCCCAAGACGCUCCAGGAGGUGUUCGUCAGCAUUGUGGACUGGAAGACGUGCGCUUCGGAUGAGUACAAGUACGGCGAGAUCAUCUACGACAGCAUGGUGUGUGCCUAUGAGAAGAAGAAGGACGCCUGCCAAGGAGAUUCCGGUGGUCCUCUGGCGCUCGGUAACACUCUGGUGGGAAUCGUGUCCUGGGGAUAUGCCUGUGCUUCCAACCUACUGCCCGGUGUUUACUCCGAUGUGCCCACUUUGCGAAAGUGGAUCCUGAAUGCAACCGAAACUUUGUAGAUCUAACUAAUAAACUAGACUGGCAUACUA